AUGGCAUCUGACUCUCAAGGGCCAGUUGUGGUGGGCAUCUCCAUUGCUUUUGCGGUCGUUACUUUUGUGGUUAUCUGUCUGCGAAUGUUUGCUCGAGUCGUCGUUCUAGAACAAGUAGGAGUGGAUGAUUACUUAAUCUUGUGUGCAUGCCUUUUGUCCUGGGCUUUUAUCGCUGUAACUAUCGUUUCUGUCAAAAAGGGAUUGGGCUCUCAUCUUGUUGAUGUGGAUAAGAACAACCUGCCCUCCUAUUCUUUCGUCGUAUGGCUCAGCUCGAUGUUCUACCUGGCCUGUCUGGGCUUCAUCAAAACAUCGGUCUGCUGGUUCUACACCCGCAUCGGCGACAAGACGCUCACGCGAAUGUCCUUGAUCAUGAUGGGCAUCGUCGGCACCCAGGCCGCAGUAUUCGUCAUGGUUGCAGCCUUUCAGUGUCGACCCAUCCCGAAAGCCUGGGAUGCGUCCUUGCCGGGUCACUGUGUUGAGAUCAAUAUCUUCUAUCUGUCCAACGCGGCCCUGAACAUCUUGACUGAUUUGAUCACCUACUCGCUCCCUAUCAAAGUCCUCCUUAAGCUACAGAUGCCGCUCAAGCAGAAGUUUGCGCUUGGUUUCAUCCUCUGCCUGGGACUUUUUGCCUGCAUCUCCUCGAUCAUUCGCAUCACUUUUAUUCCCACCAUGCUAACCUCGGCCGAUUUCACCUACGCUAUCGGCGGCGCCAUGUACUGGUCCGUGAUCGAGACCAACGUCGGAAUUCUGGCCGCCUCUAUCCCCUCUUUCAAGGCGAUUGCCUCCCGCUUCCUGCCCCGACUCAUCGGCGAGUAUUCCUCCGGGCGCAAAUAUGCAUCCUCCAAACUGACAGGAUCCAAACAAACCCACUGGGGAUUCUCACGGUUCAAAGACAGUGUGACAAUGAACUCACUGAGGACCAAGGAUGCCGAGGAUAUGCCGACUCAGCUUGGAACAGGAUACGGCAGCAACACAAGCGAGGAACGGAUCGUGGUGCCGGACGGGAAGAUCUGGACUACAACGCAGAUCGAGACGAAUGUCGAAAUCAGGAACCCUCGUACCCGGUGA